AUUCCAACAAUGAAUAGAAAAGGGAUUAUUACUUCCCAUACAAGUGUUCUGCCUAUCCUUAUACUUCUCGGAAGUGAAUUCUUCUUCCUCAACUGGAAAGGAUGGACGAGAAACUAAGUGGGCUUGAGGUGAGUCCUCUAGGACCAAUACACCCCCGCAAGCUGAACUGUGCAGGUCACGAACAUUCAGCUUGGACAACAAGAACCGAAAACGAUCCGCGCCAAGACCUUUGGUGAAGAUAUCGGUGACUUGAAACUGGGAACUGACUUUGCAGGGCAAAAUGUCACGAGAUACUACUCGUUCACGGACAAAAUAACAAUCCAUCUCAACAUGCUUAGUCCGUUCAUGGAAUACCAGAUUAGCUGCGAUAUGAAGAGCUUCCUGAUUGUCACAAAAGAGCGGUGUAGGCUGACUCUUGGGUACACCGAGCUCACUAAGUAGACAUCUCAACCAAACUAUCUCACUGACUGUACUGGCCAUGGCACGAUACUCGGCCUCAGCCGAUGAACGAGCAACAACUUUCUGUUUCUUAGUACGCCAAGAAACAUGAGCAUUACCCAAACGAACAAAGAAUCCCGAAGUGGACCGACGAGUACUCUCACAACCAUCCCAGUCUGCAUCACAAUAACCAACCAGAUCAACAUAUCCAUCAGUAGGGAAAUAAAGCCCUUGACCCGGGUUCUGCUGAAGAUAGCGAAGCACACGCAUCGCCGCAUCCAUGUGAGCUUGUGUGGGAGCAUGAACAAACUGACUAAGGAUAUUAACACCAUAAGUAAUAUCCGGACGAGUGACAAUGAGAUAGAGGAGACGACCAACAAGACGUCGAUAAGCAGAACCAUCAGCGAGAGUGACAUCAGAAGACCGCGUCAAGUGAUGAUUCUGUACGACUGGAAAGGCGCUAGGACGAGCAUCCUGAACACCUACCUCUUCAAGUAUAUCAAGGGUAUACUUACGUUGACUCAGGACGAUGCCCCGGGGCAAACGAGCUACCUCAAUACCCAAGAAGUAGCGGAGAGGACCUAAAUCCUUGAUACGAAAACGCUGAUCAAGGAAAACCUUAACACGAGAGAUGAAAGACAUGUCAUUGCCAGCUAAAAUGACAUCAUCCACGUAGAUAAGAGCUACCAAAAACACGUCAUCUUUGCGAUAGAUGAAAAGAGAAUGAUCUGCCGGAGAUGAACGAAAACCAAGUUCACCAAGAGAUGCAGUAAACUUAUGAUACCAAUUACGAGAUGCUUGACGAAGACCAUAGAUGGAUUUGUCGAGACGACAUACUCGAGUGUCCCCCUUCUCCGCAAAGCCAGGAGGAAUUCGCAUAUAAACCUCCUCAUCCAGAUCACCAUGAAGAAAAGCAUUAUUAACGUCGAGCUGGUGAAUGAACCACCCACGGUUGACAGCCACAGCAAUUAAGCAACGAACAGUAACCAAUUUUGCUACCGGAGCAAACGUAUCAUGAUAAUCGACACCUUCAACCUGUGUAUACCCUUUAGCCACGAGACGGGCUUUGUAACACUCGAUUGUGCCAUCAGGAAAAUACUUUAUCUUGAAAACCCAUUUCGAAUCAAUGAUACGACGACCAGGGGGAGGGUCAACAAGACUCCAGGUGCCAUUUUGGAUGAGGGCGGUAAUUUCUUUUAUCAUAGCCUCACGCCAAUGUGCAUACUUAACAGCCUCAUUGAAAGUCUUGGGCUCAUCCUGGCGUGUGACAGUAGCCAAGAAGGUCCGAUAAGCAGGUGUGGCACGAGAAUAUGAGACAUGAGCAGACAGAGGAUAAACAACCGACUGGGCCGCAUGAACUGUGGUGUCAUAAUCGUCCAACAUUUUGGGACGAUGACGGACUCGGUCGCUGCGACAAAGAGGGGCGGCCUGAUCCAGCAGGGGAGCCUCGGGGACAGCGGGCUGAGCUGGUGACAAAGGGGAUGACGCUGGGCCAGGAGAAGCCGGGUUGGACGGGCCUGUGGGCUGUACUGGGGACGAGGAGGAGGACGUUGGGCCAGGAGAGGCUGGGCCGGACGGGCCUGCGGACGAGCUGGCGGACAGUCCUGGAGACGGACCUGCUGACGGGCCGGAGACGGGCCCAGAAUCUGGUACAGGGGGAGCGGUCUCGGACUCAACUGAAGUGGAGCCCAAGCCUUGAGAAGGACUGAGGGCCGAUGGCGGAUCCACAAGGGGUGUUGAUGAAAACAACGCUGGGUCAUGGAACUCAAAAUUUUCUGGGGGAACCCAAUGAAGACUUUGGUGAUCA